AGUAGUAAUGUUUAUGAGCAACCGGCUUCGCCGGGUUAGCGUUUUGUUAGUUGUGGUAGUUCAGCCAUGCUUGAUUAUGAUCAAGCCACCUCGUUCCUGGGGGAAUGGGGUCCGUUCCAGCUCAUAAUAUUCUUCAUGCUCAGUGCCAGCAUAAUACCUAAUGGCUUCAAUGGCAUGUCUGUAAUGUUCCUAGCAGCGAUCCCGGAACAUCAUUGCCUGGUCCCGGAGAGCUCUAACCUGAGCCAGGCAUGGAGGAAUGUGAGCAUCCCCUGGGAAAUGAAGGAAGGAGUGCAGGUGCAGAGUCAGUGCCAAAGGUACCGACUGGAAACGCUGAGUAAAUACUCCGCCAAGGGACUGCUCCCUGGCAAGGACGUCAAUGUGAGUGAGAUAGAGCUUGAGAAAUGUCUGGAUGGAUGGACCUACAGUCAAGAACUUUAUAUCUCCACCAUAGUAACAGAGUGGGAUAUAGUCUGUGAAAAUGACUGGAAGGGGCCAUUGACUACAUCUUUGUUUUUUGCUGGUGUUCUCAUUGGAUCAUUUAUUUCUGGCCAACUGUCAGACAGUUUCGGCAGGAAGAAAGUCCUAUUUGCUACCAUGGCAGUACAAACUGGCUUUAGCAUUGUCCAAGUCUUCUCAACAAGCUGGGAGAUGUUUGCCAUUCUGUUCUUUAUUGUUGGUAUGGGACAGAUUUCCAAUUAUGUGGCUGCAUUCAUAUUAGGAUCGGAAAUCCUUGGCAAGUCUGCACGUAUCAUCUUCUCUACAUUAGGAACAUGCAUUUUUUUUGCUAUCGGGUACAUGCUGCUUCCUCUGUUUUCGUAUUUUAUUAGAGAUUGGAGGACAUUGCUUCUGGCUCUCACUGUGCCUGGCCUGUUUUGCAUUCCACUUUGGUGGAUUAUCCCAGAAUCUCCGCCAUGGCUCAUCUCCCAGGGAAGAUUAGAGGAGGCAGAGGAAAUUAUACGGCAGGCAGCAAAAAGAAACAGUGUUUCACCCCCAGCUGUUAUAUUUAAAACUGGCGAGCUGGAAGAUUAUAAAAACUCCCAACGUAAACGCCACAGUUUCUUGGAUCUUGUGAAGACCCAAAAUGUUCUCAUCAUCACUUUACUAACUAUAUGUCUUUGGUUGAUAAUUUCUAUUGGAUAUUUUGGCGUUUCGCUAAAUACCCCAAACUUACAUGGUGACCCAUUUCUAAACUGUUUUCUCUUGGCUGCCAUUGAGGUCCCGUCAUACAUUAUUGCCUGGCUGCUGCUGAAGAACGUAGCCCGAAGAUACUCCAUGAGCUCUACUUUGCUGCUUGGUGGAAUUGUACUUCUUUUGAUGCAGCUGGUGCCUCAAGAUCUUCAAAUCCUGUCUACUGUUAUGGUGAUGAUAGGAAAGUUUGGAGUUACAGCGGCAUUUUCCAUGGCAUAUGUUUACACUGCUGAGCUUUACCCUACAGUGAUCAGGAACAUGGGAGUGGGAGUAGGGUCAAUGUCUUCCCGUGUUGGUAGUGUCGUCUCACCAUAUUUUGUCUACCUUGGUGCUUAUAAUCGUAUACUGCCUUAUAUCCUUAUGGGGAGUCUGACUGCUAUUAUGGGCAUCCUGGUUUUGUUGUUCCCAGAAACUAGAGGGCAACCUCUGCCUGAAACCAUUGACCAGACACAGAGCAUCAAAGGGCUGUGCUUUAAAAGAAAUGUUUCUCCUAAGACCCACGUGCACAAGAAAGAAAAUAAAAAUGGACCUGUAUUAAUGUCCUCAAGGUUAUAACAUAUCUGAUCUCGCAACAUGCUGACUUUGGCUUAUGUGUUUGGGCAUGUCCUUGAUGUUACUUUGUGCAUACACAGAACACAAACACUUCAACAUUCCGAAAUAAUGGAUAGAUAGAUGCAAAAAAGACUUGCAAAAGUGUAACUCUGAUGUAACAUCUGCAGAGACUUAUCUGGUUCAUGGUCCCUCCUGUACUUAAUUCUGACUUUAGUCAAAAUUGACACAGUAACAGAUGAUAAAUGUAUGUUUUUAAGUUACAUUGAUUUUUGCACUAUAAAUGUAUUUUUCUUUGAUCUAUAACUUUUUUUUUAAUACAGUAAGUUAACUGGAGCAGAAAUGUUAAAUAUUUUACAAAAAAGGAUGUAGCAUCAAACUACAUCUUUAAAUUAAUUUCACCAUAAUAAAAAGACAACUUUCUUAUAGGUCUUCAUCUUC